AUGGGAAGCCUCGACGAUCUGCUUGUAAUCCCUGCCGUACCAGAAAGUCGGGACCUGCAGUGCGAAUACGGGACCGACAGUGAUACCGAGCACAAUUUCGGUUCUGUAAAAGGAAGAAGACAGAUGAAACAAAAAGAGAGAUCUGGGGCACUGAUGACCCCCUUCACCUAUGGAAACAAUGCUGACGACGACCCUGGAAACUUACAGAGCUCCAGCAUGAGUGAGGCUGUCGUUCAGGAUCUGGAAGCCAUGCAAUCUGAACUUCAUCACACGGAACCAGAUUGGUCUGAAUUCAUGUUUGGAUUUCCACAAGACAAAUUGUCAACUCCUACGAACACUAGAGAUUUCAGUCAUGACACACCGUUCAAUUCGACUGUUACAGGACCGAGACCUAAUCAUCGACCAGCGGUAUAUGAGAUGGCCAAUGACCAGGAUGGCGAUGAAGACAGUCAUGUGAGAAGGAAUUUAUGGAUGUCGAGGAUGAGAAGGUUGGGUCGGUUGAUUGCAAAGGUGAGUGAAUUGUUAGAUGGCGAUCAGUGGUCUGCUCAGAAGAGACUGCUUCAAGAUGUUCAAUUGCGAUUUACAGGCGUUAUGUUCGGCUGGCAGCAUUAG